GCUGCAGCGCCCUCGUCACUGUCAUCAGCAGCGACCACAUACACAAAAAGACGGCAUGGCCCACGCAGAUCACACCCGCGACCCUUGCCCAUGGGUUAUCCUCUCCGACUUCGGUAGCGCCUUUGCGAUGGGUGCUGUAGGAGGCACCAUCUGGCAUGGGAUCAAGGGUGCACGGAACUCACCAAGGGGUGACCGUCUCGUCGGCGCGAUGUCUGUCAUCAAGGCGCGGGCCCCUGUAACGGGAGGCAACUUCGGUGUAUGGGGUGGCAUGUUCUCGACAUUCGACUGCGCCGUGAAGGGUUGGCGGCAAAAGGAGGAUAUGUGGAAUGCGAUCAUCUCUGGCUUCCUGACGGGUGGAUGUCUUGCUGCACGGAGUGGGCCGCGCUCAGCAUUGAGCUCAGCCGUUGCGUGCGGCAUCCUUCUCAGUGUCUUUGAGGGUGUCGGUGUCCUUGUAUCUCGGGUCUUCAACGAAGGCACAAGACCACAACUUCCUCCACUACCGGACACUAUGCAAGCACAGCCAUCAUGACUUUCUGGACCCUAGAUGUACACUCUGUCUUUCUGUCUUACGUUUUCUCUGUUUAAUCACUGCUCAUCUCAUUGUACCAUACCCCAUACAUGCACAUCGCGUUUGAUGGGUCUCGGGUAUGGUCGACAUCUGCUACCUUAUUGCUUUAUGGAAGUAGCGAGUGUCACGAUUCACUCUGUAAGUGGUCAAGACUAGCUAUCAACAACAGUAUAAGCGGGA